GGGGAGUCCACAGCCGGAUCUAGAAUCCCUCCCUCCCCCCCAUCGCUCCGGCUCCAGCGCUUGUUGCUCAGCCCGGCUGCCGGGGAGCGCAGCCUGCGGCUGGCCAGUGCGCUGGGGGCGGCGGCCAGGUGAGAGCGGGGAGGGGGGAAGGAGACAUGAGCCGGCGCCACGCCUCGCCCAGCGCUAGGAGCAAGGCGGCUGCCGUCCCAGCCAGCUGGCCCUAGCCCCGCGCCCGGGGAGCAGCCGAGCCCUUCUCAGCGCGUGGGCAUGGGGAACCAGGUGGAGAAACUGACCCACUUAAGCUACAAGGAAGUUCCCACGGCCGACCCGACAGGCAUGGACAGAGACGAGGGUCCCAGGAUCGGGGUGUCCUACAUUUUUUCCAGUGACGAUGAUGAGCUGGAGCAGCAGCAGCAGCAGGACUCAGUGGCUCAGGAUAUGGGAGGCGAGCAACCCGUACCGCAGCCCUAUGACCCUCGUUUGCAGGAGGUGGAGUGUUCGGUUUAUUAUCGGGAUGAGUGUAUCUACCAGAAGAGCUUCGCUGGGGAUGAUACCGCACCGGACGAGAGGAAUGGAGGAGGUGGGGGGCAGCUGAGCACUUAUACCCCAGAGAACCUGCUGAACAGAUGUAAACCAGGUGACCUGGUGGAGUUUGUGUGCCAGGCCCAGUACCCACACUGGGCAGUGUAUGUUGGUGAUUUUCAGGUAGUGCACCUGCAUCGGCUGGAGGUGGUGAACAGCUUCCUGACUGAUGCCAGCCAGGGCAGGAGAGGUCGCAUUGCCAACUAUUUGUACCGUUACAAGCCCCUGAGCCCGGCCACGGUGGUGCGGAAUGCCCUGGAGCAGGUGGGCUGCAAGGAUCGGGAGCUGAGCUGGAGGAACUCUGAGUGCUUUGCUGCCUGGUGCCGCUAUGGGAAACGGGAGUUUAAAAUUGGCGGGGAGCUCCGCAUAGGCAAGCAGCCCUACCGGUUGCAGAUCCGGCUGGGGGACAAACGCAGCCACACACUGGAAUUCCAGAGCCUGGAGGAUCUGAUCAUGGAGAAGAGGAGGAAUGACCAGAUUGGUAGAGCUGCUGUGAUCCAGGAGCUCUCCAGCCAUCUGCAAGCUGCAGAGGAGGAAGAGGAGGAGGAUGAUCCAGGUCCCCAGACUGCUGCUGAGUAGCAACAGCAGCACCAUCAUGCUGCUUGGGCUGGGUGAUGGGGAUUAAAACUGAAGGCUGCGAAAUUGAGCUGUUAUAAGCCCUUCGGGCUGCUUCAGUGCAGCUUCAUUCCAAUCACAUGUGAAAGGAAGGGGGAAAGCUGAUUAAGUGUCUGUGCUUUAGUACUUAACUCCUUCAGUGCUUGGUAAAUCUCUGACUUAUUUGUAGAGGAUAAAACUUGGGGAGAUUCCACCACCCCAUGUGUUACCUUCAUCCCCAAACCAUCAGCCCCUUGGCGGCCAGCAGGUAUGGAUCUGACACGGUGCUGAGUUCUUUCAGUUUCUAUUGAGUUCAGUGGGAGAUGAGGGCAUUCAGCACCAUUAAGAAGGAGCCAGCACCUCGUAGGAUAGGGCCCUGUAGCUCUCAAGUGCAUGACUGACUGUCUUAGCUGGGAAAUUCAUUUCCCCCCACCCCCUUCCCUUGUCUCCUCUCCAUGUAGUUAUCUUGUGGUUCCUGUUAGCAUUACAGCAAGCUAUUUACCUUAGUCUGCUGGUGCCAGACCUUUGUGGCUUCACACCCAACCCCCAGUCCUCCAAAGGAUUUAAGGGAUAAAUCCUGGUUAACUUUGUGAAACAGGGUUUGACAUGCACAGUGUCAUCUUAAUUAAAGUAACUUGCAGACUGGCUGGGGGAAUCCCUGCCUGCUUGUGUGUGGCUUCCUUUUAUGUACAGUGGGCUAAGUUGUCCUGAUGGGGGUAGGAAAUGGCCCAAAGUGGAGGUUUGCUGUGAUCAAGAUUGCUGUCUAUGCAUUGUAAUCUACUGAAACCUGUCACUGACACCAGGCUUCACUGCAUCAGCAUUCAUUAGGGGGCUUGAUCCUGCUUUCACUGAAGUCAAUUGCAAAGUCCCCAUUGACUUCUGUGGUGCAGGAUUGGGCCCUAUAAGCAGCUUCUUUGUAUGUUUUUAGUGUGUUUGGGUGAGCUAGGGAUAAGUUAACCCUGGCAGGGGUGGUCUAGCAUUUUGGCUAAGCCCUACCAGAGGUGGGAGCCUCUAGCCAGUAUCAGCACUGCGUCAGUCUUGGUUUAAGGCUAUAGUACAAAUAGCACUUUGAUUUGUUUGCUUAAACAGUUAAACACAGGGAAUAAAGCAACGUCUCGAAUCCCACUGCCUGGAAUAUGUGGGCUAGUGAUUGACUGGUAAAAUUCCUAGUGGUAGGGGUCAGGAGAAGUUGCACACUGUCUUUGCACCAUCGUAAACAGUGCUGUAACAGGAAGUGAUUGGGGGCGGGGAGGGAUGCUGGGGGAGAAGACCAGUAUAGAGGGGAAGGAAAUACAUUCCCUGACUGGGAAGUUACUGAAAAUUCAAAGCUGGGGAAAUUCUUGGUGUUCUCCCACUACAAAUAAAUCCCUAAUGAAGAGUAAGUUCAAGGUUGUGCUUUGUUUUUGGUGGGUUUUCCUGGUAAGUUGCUGAGUGAUGUCACUAGAGAAGGAAAGAGGGAGUAGUCAUUCUCCUUGUGUGAUCCGUCUCAUGAAGGUUGCUUGAGUACUGUACUCCAGUCAACAGAUGCAUUUGCAGGAGGGCAAGGUGCUACAUGUAUCUAAUAUUACCUACCAAAGUAGCAACUCUUUUUGAAAUGGAUCACUUUUCCCCUAGUCUGCAAUGCCUGGUAAUACCAGAUCAUCAUGGAUUCUUAAUCUCUUCAGUGUAUAUUUUCCUCUGGACUGUUAAUAUAAACUUCCCUACCCUUUAAAACACAAUAGCAACGAAGCUAACCUGAGGAUGAGCUAGUUCAUUUAAAUAGUGGAAAUCAAUAUUUUAAAGUAAACACGCAGUGUAAUUAAGCAGUGUAUUAAAAUGACUCUGUUUUCCCUGCAGUUGUUUACUUCACUGCUUGCAGCAUAAUUCUACUCUACAAUCUCUAUUUUUUUUUAAGAUUAGAGUGAGAAACCAGUCAAUCAUAAAUAAGCAGAUACCUAACCUUGGAGUAAUUAAGACUAUAUGAAGCAGCUUUCAUGUGUAUGAAAAGAACCUAAGCUCCAAAUAGACUUCCAUUGUUGUGAAUCUUAAGUGGACAAUGCAGAGAAGGGUUUCUUUUGUUUCUCCCCCCCCCCCCUUUAGAAAAAUUUUGUUCAUUAUUGGGGGGAGGAUCAACUUAUGGGGUUACACACUUAAAACCCAUUGUACCUUUCCCCUUAAUACUUUCUAUGCUUUAAUUUUAGGAUGUGGAAUUCUUGGCUCCUACGGAGAAUUUGUUAAAACAAAGCUCCUUUAGAAUGUUGUAGCUCAGGCUUUUGUACUGAUGAAAUCUUUCCUCAAUAUGCAGUUGAGUCAUACGCCCGUUACUGUGAUCGUUAAACAAACAUGCAAUGUUGCUCAAGAAGCAUGAGAACUAUCCAUAGCUGAACUGUGAUUAGGUUAACAUGUGGCUAUUUCACUGUUCAGCCACCUUUUAACUGUUUAAGAUUGUAACUGAUGUAUUCCUAAACAGAAUGCAGGAGAGCUUCUCUGUAUAUCAGCUAUUCUGAAUAGGAAAAGACAGAUUUAAGAUCACCUAGACCAUGAAUAAAUGUUUAGCUAUUGUUCCUAGUCCUAAAAUUUUGUACAGAACAAAGUUUAUUCACAAUGUAAUAUAUAUAUGUAAAAUAAUAUUUUCUUACAAAUAUUUUUGAAAGUUAAAAAUAAUUCCAUCAUGAGACUCUUACAUUUUUGAAAGUAAGUUGUUAUGCACAUUAUUCUGAUGUCCUCUGAAUGGAUUUAUUUUUGUCAUUAGUGAUCUAAAGAAGUUUCUAGGUCCUACAGGAUGGAAAGUGCUGUAGAUGUCAAACAUUUUGUAUCGGAAAGGUACUAAACUGGUGUGUGUUUUGUGAAAAUGUUUUCCCCUUAUGUUUGACACAUCAGAACGAACGCUCAAACCUCUCUUCCUUCUUCUCAGACAUUUAGUCUGUUUUAUUUAUAAAAACAAGACAAAAGUUGAGAACUGAGAGCAAAGCCUGUUAAGAUCUACCUGAAACUAUUUUGUUGUCUCAUGUAGUUAUUAAUGCACACCUCUACCUAGCACACAGCGUGGUACAAAUCCACACACAGGCAGAUAUAUUGUGAAUCAAGCCUGAGAUGUAGUGGUAGAGCUGAGUAGUCAAACAUACUAGAGUAUUCCUUAUCUGCUACUUUUCACCUUCUUUCUUGAGUUCAUUGAUGCUUAUGCUGUGAAAUAUAGGACAUCCCAUGUAUUCUCUUUGCACCUAGAAUAAAUAUUUGCUUGGCAUUAAAACAUGCAGCUAGAGAAUGGGUGUAAUUGGAAUACAUAAAUGUGACCUGCAAAUGAUUUUUAAGAGGGGAUUUAUACUCUCUCCGGCUGCUUCAUAAUAUGUGAAGAAUGAAAGUUUUGUGUUAAAGCUUUUGCUGCUUCUGCUUUUCCUUACUAAGAUCAGCAAGGUCAAGUGUGCUUUUCCUGGGUAGUAUUAGAGGAUUGCUUUGGAAAGGGCUGGAUCACAUGUGUAUUAAGAUCAGUCACCCCUUUGAAGGGAUGUCUGUUGAAUCUUUAACUUAGAUAUCUUUUCUCCCAACUGUUGACUAGGCAAUGUUAUUAAAUAGAUGCUAACUAGCACAAGCGAACCAGGUUUAAGCAGGCCAGGAGUUCACAGCAGGAGAAGUAAUGUAGUUACUCAGCUUUCAGUCUCCUGUGACUUUUUUCCAUUUGCCAGAGUCUUCCAGGGUAAACUAGACUGGACUUUCUAGUGUUUAUAUUUAAAACCAAAAACAGGAAAACACUUUUGUUCAAGCCUUUCAGGCCUUUGUUAUACAUCAAAGAGAAGGGAACAAAAUGAAUCCCACUUCUAUUUUUCUUUUGCAGGUUACAUUUAAAAUAUAGAAAAUGCAGGCCUGAUUCUUCUACUGAGCUGCAUUAAGGACCUUAAUCGUGCACCUAAUGUUUAGCUCAUUAAUAGGCUGCCUUGAAAUCAUUCAACCCUUAAAUUCCUUGCUGAAUCUCAGGGCUUGCUGUCCACACUUUGACUCACAGUGGGAGGGGAGCCCUGAGGCUGAUGAUCUGUUUAGGGAUGGGAGGGGGAAGCAAGGGGAAAAAGUCCCAUUGAGGGGCAUUUUAAAGGGGGAAUUUUGCCCAAAGAAGGUGCUGGGGAAUCAGGAUCAUACUGCACAGAAUGGACAAAAUUCUGCCCGCAGUUGCAUCCUGAAAUCUGUGGAUGGCGCAGGUUCAGUAGAGGGCAGCAGCCUGCCCAGCAACUUACAGUUGUAAAUUAGAAUGUUAAAAUUGCAGAAUAUCUUCCAAACUCUUCUGUCUGGUCAUGCUAGAACCUUCUCUUUGCAUUUUGAAUACUGAAGUUAACAGACUUCUUUUUUUUUUUUUUAAAGCCUUUUGAUCCUGCAAGCACUUAAUCAUGUAUGUGAAUUUACUCACAUUGAGUAGUCCCAUUGCCACUGAGGGAACUACUCUUGAGAGGAUCAUUAUGCCUAUAAGUCUACUCUAGGCUCCAGAAGUGUAAAUGUGACUCCAGUUAGGAAAUACAGAUGAGCCAUCUAUUUCUCCAGACUGUCAGUGUUUUUUAUGCAAAUACCUUUUUUUUUUUCUUGGAAAAGGCCUAAUAAAACCUCCAACUAUUCCUUGAUUAAGUUGUUCUAAAAACAUGAUUUAAACAGUUACCUUCCAUUAGGAAGGGAAAUAAACACACUUAGAACUAUUUCAGGCUACCCAUUCCUGAUUCUCUUUGAGGGCAAAGUAUUGAUUACAGCAACUCUUCAGAAGUUCGGUCAGGAAGAGUGACGGUCUGCUUGGUUUAAAAAAAAAUAUAUUAGCAAUUUCAGAAACUAUAUUUUCUUACCUGGAAAAAAAUAUUUUCUUCAGAGUGAAAGAAUCCAGACAAUGGAUCUGAACUCCCAGCUAUACACAACACUUUUGUAUAAAUGAAACACAAUGUGUCUUUUUUUUAUAUAGUAUUCAGAUUUAAUUUCAAUGUUUUGUUUCAGUACUAAAAUAGGUAACAGAUUGGAAUACAUUUCUCCCAGUAAGAUGAAACUUUACAUGUGAAAGAUUUUUGGUCUUUAUGAAAAACUUGUCCCUGGUGCAUGUGAGCUUUGUUUGUCAGGUGCUUUGCCACCUGUGCUUUUUGACAAUUAGCUGCACCAACCAUAAUUAUUACAGCCAUGUGGGAACAAAUAUUUUUUGAAAGCAGAAUUUUAAUUUUAUAUGAAAGAUCAGCUAUGAAAAAUUAAGUAAUUGUAGGGAAUUGCAUAAUUUCUAAAUGCAGUUUCUUAUUCUUAAAGGAAUCUACUGUAUCACUUAUGUACUUUUGUUGAAUCAAACAGUCUUAUGAACUGAAGUGCAGUGAAAAAUCUGAUGAGGUCACAUCACUGCUGAAUAGUUUUUAUGCUAUUAAAACCACAGACUUGCUUGUAAAUUAAAAAAAAAAAAUCAGGGUAACUUCAAACAUCAGUGGUCCAGACAAUUCUUUUCCAUUAAUGUUGAAUUAGAAGUUCUCUCUACCCAUACCUGAAGUUUUUAUUUAACAUUGCAACACUCCAUGAAAUCAUCACAAUAACAAGUGUAAUCGCAAAGUGAUUUUUUUCCCUCCAUGAGCAGUCUCUUGUCAGUAAAUGUUGAAUUGUUAGUGCUAAUAUCACUUCUUUUCCUGAGAAAGAAGUACAGACUCCUGAUUGUACCAUUUCCUUCAAAAUGAAGGGCAUUGCAUAGUAACUAAAAUGAAAUAAAAAAUUUAUAAUAUC